AUGGAAGAACCCACGCCCGCCCAUGUGGCCACGCAAUCCCCGACGGAAAAAGGCCAAGCGGUGCGUGCGUUGGUCGAGGCCGAUUAUCUAGACGACCGCUAUGAGACUACCAAGCGCGGUCUCAAGAAUCGCCAUGUGCAGCUGAUCGCCCUAGGCGGCUCGAUUGGAACCGGUCUUUUCGUGGGAUCUGGCCAGUCGCUAGCCGUUGGCGGUCCGGCCUCCCUCCUGUUGGGCUAUUUGUUCAUCUCCAGUCUCGUAUAUUCUAUAGUCACUGCGAUCGCAGAGGUCGGCGCCUACCUGCCCGUCCACGGCGGCACAAUGAGUUAUCACGGGUUCCGAUACGUGUCACGCAGUCUAGGUUUCGCGAUGGGAUAUCUCUACUGGUACUCCUUGGGUAUUCUCGUUCCCUAUGAAAUCACGGCGGCCGGCCUGGUCAUUGGGUACUGGGAUCCAAACAAUGCCACGGUGCCCAUCGCCGUCUGGAUCACGAUCAUGAUGGUUGUUAUCAUCGGCCUCAACUUUCUGCCCGUCAACAUUUACGGCGAGUCUGAGUUUUGGUUCUCAGGUAUCAAGAUUAUCACCCUGGUCGGGCUAUUGAUUUUGUCGUUCAUCCUCUUCUGGGGUGGCGGGCCCGAUAGAGUACUACUGGGAUUCCAUUAUUGGAAACAUCCGGGGUCAUUCAAUGAGUACCUAUUGACAGGGGGUACGGGGCGCUUCGUGGGCCUGUUGAAAUGUACCGUCUCUAGCGCCAUUGCCUUCAUCUUCGCGCCGGAGCUGAUCAUCAUCAGCGCUGGCGAGAUGAAGUCACCGCGACGCAACGUACCCCGGGCGGCUCGUUCAUAUAUUUACCGGCUGAUCUUCUUUUACAUCUUCGCCGUGAUAGCCAUCGGUGUUAUCUGUCCAUCCAAUAACAGUCGCCUGACACAAGGAGGUGAUACGGCCAAGUCGUCCCCAUUUGUGGUCGGCAUUCAAAAUGCCGGUAUCCCCGUUCUGGACAGCAUUGUCAACGCUGCUGUGCUGACCUCUGCUUGGUCCGCGGGCAAUUCAUUCUUAUAUAUGUCUUCCCGCUCACUAUACUCCCUGGCCAUGUCCGGCAACGCUCCCAGCAUCUUCAAAGCGUGCAACCGAUGGGGUGUGCCCUACUACGCCGUGGGCGUGUCCGCGUGCUUUUCGGCGCUGGCUUAUCUGUCAGUUGGCAACUCCAGCUCCGUCGUCUUCAACUGGCUCAUCAACUUCACCAACACAUCGGGGUUCAUCUCUUGGAUUUGCUGCUGCAUCGUGUAUUUCCGGUUCCGCAAGGCUAUCCAGGCUCAAGGCAUCGAGCAGCCGUACUACGCAGCCAUACAGCCGUACGGCGCGUAUUGGGGAAUAGCGGUUGCGUCCCUCAUGCUACUCAUCAACGGCUUCACCGUCUUCUUUCCGUCUCAGUGGUCGGUCAGUAACUUCUUCACCGCUUACAUCGGCAUUCCUGCGUUUCUGGUCCUGUAUUUUGGGCAUCGCUUGUUAUACUGGCGGGACCCUUGGGCCUGGCGUCCGGAGGAGGUGGACAUGCAAACCGGUAUUGCCGAGAUCAUCGCUGCGGAAGAGCCUGCCCCGCCGCGAGGGAAAUGGUGGAAAUUGUGGUAG